AUGAAGACGCUUGCUUUGAACAAAGUUGUUGAGCAUAUUCCAAGUAUACAUGACAUUUUGUUUUUGUUUGAUCUCCAUAUCGACGUUCCGCAGGACAUAUUGGACAGCGUUCGUAAGGGGAGUUUCUAUCUUUGAUUUGAGUAAUGAUUAUUUACUCGUUAAUCUAUAUAUUUAUUUAGUAUUUAUGUUAUAGAUCAAUCUCGCGAGCUUUAUUGUGUCGUGCGGAUAUCCAUUGUAGUGCUAUGAACUGGUACUAGUAAACCUUUAUACGGGAUGCUUGCCUUUAGAUUGGUGUGCCAUUUGAUGCUUGACUACAAGCAGUCCCUGCUUUUCAGCGAAGUCCGUUGCGCGAGUAAAAAAUUAGUAAAAAAAAUUAGCUAGAGCGCCCGAGAGAAGCCUUGGAGUUCGUGGAUCUCACUCCAAGGUUCCGCGUGACGCGCUAUCGUAUCGUGCGCUGAUUUUUUAACUCAAAACUCCGAAAGGGAAGGAAUGCUCGUAGUCUAUCUGAUGUAAGUUCACCUCACUAAUCUUUUUUUAUUUAUAUUGAUCUAAUCAUAAUUUUUUCUACUGUCCUCAUUUCUAGCUUUAAAAACUAUUCUUUGUUUUACAGAACACUGUAGAAGGACAUCUUGUUUACGCUCCCAUUGUAGGUCGGUUACACUGUGGCAGUACGUAUGUAGAUCAUAAAGGUUAUUGGGAAAUGGAAGGAUUUGGCCUAAUGAGCAUUUAUAAAUCAGACUGGAUGAGGUUCAGAGGUAAAAAAACAUCAGUUUUCAGUUGACGCUCCUUUUAAAAAAAUAUUGAUUAUAAUUUCAUCAGUUCCUAGAACUGACAUGCAAUAUGCAUAAUUCACUCCUCGAUUUUAAUUCAGUUGCAUAGCAAAAUAUUUUAUUGAGGCAGUUGCAAUUUUAGGCUAGAGAAAUUAUACGAAAAUUUAAAGCAACUACCUUGAACUUAGCUGUAAAAAAAAUUGAAAGUCAGUAAUCUCAGAAAAGUUACAUUUUAAAUUGUGAAUACUUGUUGUUGAUGAAAAUUUUUUUCCUAGUGGUAAACGGAAACCUCGUAAAUCUUACGUAGUCAUUUACACUCUCCAUGGGAAUGAACACUGAGGACUACAAAUACAAAUGGGGCGGAGAGGACUGGGACUUACUCGACCGUGUUAUCAAUGCUGAGUUAAAAGUUGUUCGAAUAAAGCACCCAGGUCUAUCAUUAUCAACAGAACACAAAUCUUGGAAUUAA